UUUCCUCUUCCGCCCGGCCGCGGGCGCAGCGCGGCGCCGGGACAGCUGCGGAGGGCGGCGGGGCCGGGGCUCCCUGGGGCGCUGCUUCAGCCCUGCUUUUCCCUCCGCAGGCUCGGCGGCAGCAUGUGGCGGCGACCGGCGUGGCAGGUGCUACGCCAGUUUGUAAGACAUGAGUCUGAUACGGUUACCUCAUUGGUACUUGAAAGAUCCAUGAAUCGUGUUCAGCUGCUCGGUCGGGUUGGACAGGACCCUAUCAUGAGGCAAGUGGAAGGAAAAAAUCCUGUUACCAUAUUUUCCCUUGCAACCAAUGAGAUGUGGCGGACAGGAGAUAGUGAAGUGGGCCAGGGAGGUGAUAUCAGUCAGAAGACGACAUGGCACAGGAUCUCUGUCUUCAGACCUGGCCUCAGGGAUGUCACCUAUCAGUAUGUGAGGAAGGGCUCUCGAAUCUUUGUAGAAGGGAAGAUAGAUUAUGGUGAAUAUACAGACAAGAACAAUGUGAGGCGACAGGCCACAACAAUUAUAGCAGAUAAUGUGAUUUUUCUGAGUGAUGGCUCGAUGAAAGACAAGGCGUGAUGUCCUUAGUGCUUGGAUCCAGGCCAUUUCAUUCCUUUGGUUUUUCAGUGCUUCAUAAUUCUGUAAUCAUGUAUACAGCUGUAGUUUCUUUAAGAAAUAAAUAAAAUGUUUGUUACCUAGA